CAGAGGAUGAGUCUGACGUAUUCUUCAACAACAUGUAUCCUUCUGUCAUUGGCUGUUCUAUACGUCGUCCAUAUGCUGCUAUCAUGGAUUCAAAACCGGAAUUUCCCUCCUGGACCAAGAGCCUUGCCGCUCAUUGGAAAUCUGCACAAGAUUAAUCUUAAAAGGCCAACGGAUGCCUUUAUGGAGCUUUCUAAGCAGUAUGGUUCAGUGUUCAGCGUUCAGAUGGGAAGCGUGAAAAUGGUCGUCCUCUCUGGAUAUGACACGGUGAAGAGCGCGCUUGUUGACCACGCAGAGGAGUUUUCAGACAGGCCCUGCAUCCCUAUAUUUGAAGACAUCAAUAAAGGAUGCGGCAUUCCUUUUUCCCGUGGCGACAACUGGAAGGAAAUGAGAAGGUUCACCCUUUCCACGUUACGGGAUUUUGGCAUGGGCAGAAGGACGAUCGAAGAUAAAAUUAUCGAGGAAUGCGGAUGUCUGAUUAAAGAGCUAGAAUUAGAAAAAGGAAACCCAACGGAUCUAAGAAUAAUAGUAAACGUGGCAAUAGGCAAUAUAAUUACAUCAAUCGUGCUCGGCCACCGCUUUGAUUACGACCAUCCCACAUUAGUUAGACUUAUGGAGCUGGUCAACGAGAACAUGAGGCUUCUUGGAAGUCCUUCCGUUUUGCUGUACAAUUAUUUGUCAAUUUUCCGCUACUUCCCUGGGGACCAUAUGAAACUCAAGCAAAAUAUCGCAGAGCUGCACUCCUUUCUACAAGAAACAUUCUUAAAGCACCUAAAAGAAUUGGACAGAGACGACCAAAGAAGCUUCAUUGAUGUAUUCCUUGUGAAGCAGCAGGAGGAGAAAACACAUUCCACGUCUUACUACCAUGAAUUGAACUUGCUGAGCGUCAUAACGACUUUGUUUUCCGCUGGGACGGAAACUACUGCUUCAACUAUUCGAUGGGCUCUUUCACUCAUGGUGCAGCAUCCCGAAAUACAAAAACGAGUACACGAAGAAAUCGACAAAGUCAUUGGAACAUCUCAACCCAAAUUUGAGCAUCGAGUAAAUAUGCCUUACACAAACGCAGUCAUCCAUGAAACACAGCGAUUCGCUAAUAUUGUGCCAAUGAAUCUUCCACGAGCAACAACAAAGGAUAUAUAUUUUAAGGGCUAUUAUUUACCAAAGGGGACCUAUAUUAUCCCGCUCCUUGAAUCAGUUCUGUAUGACAAGACACAGUUUGAGAAGCCUCAGUCCUUCCAUCCUGAACAUUUCCUUGAUUCACAAGGACAUUUUGUGAAGAAAGAAGCUUUCAUGCCUUUCUCGGCAGGAAAAAGAGCCUGUAUUGGUGAAACGCUUGCAAAAAUGGAGCUUUUCAUUUUUUUUGUCGGUCUCAUGCAAAAGUUUACCUUCUCCGCUGCUCCAGAGGUGACCCAUUUCAACGUCAAGCCUUCUGUGGGCUUCACAAUUAGUCCAAUCACCCAAAAAAUGUGCAUUAGACCACGCGGUUAA